CCCGCGCUGCCCGGGGCGCCGGCGGCCAGCGCGCACCCGCUGCCGCCCGCGCCCCUCUUCAGCCGCUUCCUCUGCACGCCGCUGGCGGCCGCCUGCCCGUCGGGGGCCGAGCAGGGCGACGCGGCGGCCGGCGAGCGCGAAGAGCUGCUGCUGCUGCAGAGCACGGCCGAGCAGCUGCGCCAGACAGCGCUGCAGCAGGAGGCGCGCAUCCGCGCCGACCAGGACACCAUCCGCGAGCUCACCGGCAAGCUGGGCCGCUGCGAGAGCGGCCUGCCGCGCGGCCUCCAGGACGCCGGGCCCCGCCGCGACGCCAUGGCCGACGGGCCCUGGGACUCGCCGGCGCUCAUCCUGGAGCUGGAGGACGCCGUGCGCGCCCUCCGGGACCGCCUGGACCGCAUCGAGCAGGAGCUCCCAGCCCGUGUGAACUUCUCAGCGGCCCCAGCCCCUGCACCCGCAGUGCCCACUGCCCUAAACACCAAGAUGGACGAACUAGAGGGGCAGCUGCUGGCCAAGGUACUGGCCCUGGAGAAGGAGCGAGUGGCUCUAAGUCACAACAGCCAGCGGCAGCGGCAGGAAGUGGAGAAGGAGCUGGAUGCGCUGCAGGACCGCGUGGCUGGACUGGAACAUGGGUCCUCAGCCUACAGCCCCGCAGAUGCCUUCAAGAUCAGCAUCCCCAUCCGCAACAACUACAUGUAUGCCCGUGUGCGGAAGGCACUGCCUGAGCUCUACGCCUUCACCGUCUGCAUGUGGCUGCGCUCCAGGUCGGGGGGCAGUGGCCAGGGCACGCCCUUCUCCUACUCAGUGCCCGGGCAGGCCAAUGAGAUUGUGCUGCUGGAGGCGGGCCACGACCCCAUGGAACUGCUGAUCAAUGACAAGGUGGCCCAGCUGCCUCUGAGCCUGAAGGACAAUGGCUGGCACCACAUCUGCAUCGCCUGGACCACAAGGGAUGGCCUGUGGUCUGCCUACCAGGACGGGGAGCUGCAGGGCUCCGGUGAGAACCUGGCCGCCUGGCACCCCAUCAAGCCUCAUGGGAUCCUUAUCCUGGGCCAAGAGCAGGACACCCUGGGCGGUCGGUUUGAUGCCACCCAGGCCUUCGUGGGUGACAUUGCCCAGUUUAACCUGUGGGACCACGCCCUGACACCUGCCCAAGUCCUGGGCAUUGCCAACUGUACCGGGCCACUGCUGGGCAACGUCCUCCCCUGGGAAGACAAGCUGGUGGAGGCCUUCGGGGGUGCAAAAAAGACCACCUUUGAUGUCUGCAAGGGGAGGGCCAAAGCAUGA